UUUAAAAAACCAAGUUUGUUUCGUCAAAAAUACAGAAAGAAAAUAAACAGGAACUAAAUCGUCGUAAUUAAUAUUAAAUACCACUGUUAUUACUAUUAUCUUCAAGUCCUCAAUGAGGUCAAACAAAUUAACUAAGUUUCUCUCUUAAAAUUCACCAAUGGCUGCGAUACUCGGCGGCGGCCUUAGUGGUUUAUCCACGGCAUAUUACUUGCUCAAAAACAACUUGAAAAGCAACAGUAACCUCAAAUUGUUUCUACUUGAAGCGACCGGCUACUGCGGAGGAUGGAUCAAGUCAAUUAAAACCAAAGACUACACAUUUGAACUGGGUCCCAGGACCAUCCGGCCGCGAGGUAUGACCGGCCUGAACACCUUGAACAUGAUGCAGGACCUGGGGCUGAGCGAGCACAUCGUGCCCAUCAUGCCCAACCACCCCGCAGCCAAGAACAGGAUGAUCUAUGUCAACAACCACCUCCACACUCUCCCUUCUAGUUUCAAAGGUGUGUUCCAGAAAAAUCAACCCUUUUCAAAACCUUUGAUUUACGCCUUAUUCAAUGACAUAAAACAACCUAACAAAUUGUUGGAGGAUGAUUCCAUUUACAACUUCGUUGAGAGGAGAUUUGGCAAGGAAAUUGCAGACUAUGCUAUAUCACCUAUGAUUUGCGGAAUAUGUGCUGGUGAUGCCAAAGAAAUAUCAGUGAAAUUUCUAAUGAAAACACUAUUUGAGUGGGAGCAAGUCCACGGUGGAGUUGUCAAAGGACUGAUGAAAUCUAUGUUCAAAUCCAGCACAGAUCAAGAAUUAGAGCUAAGUGAUUUAGCAAAAAAAGCACAGGAAGAGAAGUGGAAUGUGUACACAGUAAGAGGGGGCUUGGAGACCUUCCCCAAUACUUUGCUCAGGCAUCUCAAAGAAAACAAAGUUGAUGUGAGAAUGGAUAACAAAAUUGAUGAAAUUGAGUUUAUUGACUCCAGCACAGUGAAGCUGAUAAACAAAGCUGGAGGUAAAAUAAUCGCUUCUCACAUCUAUUCCUCUAUCCCAGCAUAUUCUCUGGCUAAGCUCGUUGAAAAGCAACACCCAAUUUUGGCCAAAGACCUAAACAGCAUUCCAUUUGUCACUGUUGGUAUUGUCAACCUAUAUUUUUCCACAAAAGCAUCACUCAUUGAACCGGCCUUUGGCUUCUUAGUCCCUCCCAUUGAGAAUUCUCCAAUUCUAGGAGUUGUCUUUGACUCCUGCUGUAUUCCAGACCAGAAUGGGACAGUCCUGACUGUGAUGCUGGGAGGCAAGUGGUUUAAAGAGAAGUUUGGUGACAAUGUUACUGAGAAAGAACUGCUAGACAUUGCACUGAAAGAAAUUAAGUCAAUUUUACACAUCACUGAUGUUCCAGCUGCCCAGAAUGUUAACAUUUUGGACAAAUGUAUCCCACAGUAUGUGAUUGGACAUUAUGAGAGAGUGGACAAGAUCCGUCAAUAUAUUAAGGACAACAAUCUUCCUAUUUCUGUAGUUGGUUGUAGCUAUGAUGGAGUUGGUAUAAAUGAUGUUAUUUAUUCAGCUAAGACACAAGUUAUUAAAGAUUGUACAUAGAUAUUAUAUAUUUUAUCACAGAUCUGGUUAUGGUUAACAUUAUACAGAAGCACUUUAUAAAGCAUUUGAUUAAAGUUAUUGUGCCAUGUCUUCCAAUCAAAGUUACUAAGUAUUAUUGUACCUGCAAAUGAAAUAAUUAUGUACAAGUGAAAAGGAGCCAUUGCCAUGUUUUAAUUGUAAAUACAUGAGUAAUUUUAAAUAACUUAUUACUGUUACAUGGGUUUUGUUUAUUUUAUUUUUAUGUAAGGUGUGAUGAAAAAUAAAUGGGGUUGUGUUUUA